GGGCGUUAUCGCGAGACUUUGAUUUAUUCCUACGUAAUGUGCCGUGCUGCUUAUGGCGGCGCUGGAGUGCUUCUGCUGUUGGGUAUGAAGUGAAAUAGAACUGAAUUUACCAUCUGAAACUGCUGCUUCAAGUUCAGAUCACGUUGAGAAAUAAAAAAUAAGCUGAAACAACCAAAGAGCAAACUACAGCUGAAGAAAACUUGAUCUGAAACCGAAGUUUGUGCCUACUCAACAGCCUACAAAGAGCACUUCCCAACGCUGCUAGACCUUCUACACUUCUCGUUGCUGUCCUGGGACGCGCUCUAGUGCAGCAAGAAUAGGAAUUCUCUGCUAGCUUGGUAGAUCCUUCUCUCUGUCCACCCAGCAUUUGUAAACUUCGAGCGUGUGAUAAACAGAUCAGACAGCCGUGCAAUAUUCAACAUCACUUCAAGAUGAGCUUUGAUCCAAACCUCUUGCAUAACAAUGGCCACUCUGGUUUUGCUAAUGGUACCUCAGGAGCCCUGCGUGAAACAGGCGUUAUUGAGAAGCUGCUGUCAUCGUAUGGUUUUAUCCAGUGCACUGAACGUCAAGCCAGGCUAUUCUUCCAUUGCUCACAAUACAGUGGUAAUCUCCAAGACCUCAAAGUGGGAGAUGAUGUGGAAUUCGAAGUAUCCUCUGACAGACGGACUGGAAAACCGAUUGCUGUGAAAUUGCUGAAAGUGAAGCCUGAAAUUUUGCCUGAAGAAAGGAUCACUGGUCAGGUUGUCUGUGCUGCUCCCCUUAACCUUGAGAACAAAUCUGGGCUGAAACCUUCAUCUCCUGGUCAGACUUCAGGCAGUGUGUGCUAUGAACGCAAUGGGGAAGUGUUUUAUCUGACAUAUACACCUGAAGAUGUUGAUGGAAAUGUCCAACUUGAAACAGGAGAUAAAGUUUCUUUCUCCAUGGAAACAAACAAACAUACUGGUGCUGUAAACGCUCACAACAUUGUAUUGGUGAAGAAGAAGCAGGGCCGAUGUCAAGGUGUAGUUUGUGCUAUGAAGGAAGCAUUUGGAUUCAUUGAAAGAGGUGACCUUGUGAAAGAGAUCUUCUUCCAUUAUAGUGAAUUCAAAGGAAACCUGGACACAUUGCAGCCAGGCGAUGAUGUGGAAUUUACUAUUAAAGAAAGAAAUGGAAAAGAAGUUGCCACUGAAGUGAAACUGUUACCCCAAGGAACUGUUAUAUUUGAGGAUGUUAGUAUUGAACAGUUUGAUGGAACUGUCACCAAAGUUAUUCCAAAAGUAUCCAGUAAAACCCAGACUGAUCCUUUGCCAGGACGUAUCAAAGUAAACUUUACCAUUUCCAAAGAACUUCCCUUUGGAGAUAAGGACACCAGAUCUAAAGUUACUCUAUUAGAAGGUGACCAUGUCAGGUUUAAUAUCUCCACUGAUCGACGUGACAAAUUAGAACGUGCUACAAAUAUUGAAAUCCUGACUGAUUCUUUUGAGUUAACUGGAGAGACCAGAGAAAUGGGUGUGAUUGCAGCUAUGAGAGACGGAUUUGGUUUCAUUAAAUGUGUAGAUCGCGAUGCUCGAAUGUUCUUCCACUUUAGUGAGAUCAUGGAUAGCCUGCAGCUCCACAUCUCGGAUGAGGUUGAAUUCACUGUUGUCCCUGAUGUUCUUUCAGCUCAGAGGAACCAUGCAAUCCGCAUUAAAAAGCUUCCAAAAGGGACUGUGUCGUUUCACACACAAUCUGAGCAGCGUUACUUUGGAGUUGUGGAGAAAGAAGCUACUGGUUCAAUGUCCAAGUCCACCAGCCCAGCUAAGAGUAAAGAAAAAGAUUCUGAAGAGGGAGUAAUUGCGUAUGAUGAAGCUGGGAUAAGAAUGACUGUACCAUACCAUAUAAAAGAGCUGGAAGGGUGUGCAAUUCCACAACUUGGUGACAAGAUUGAAUUUAGCAUUUGUGAAGUUAAAAGAACUGGCCUACAGAGUGCAGUAUCAAUCAAAAUUCUAAAUCGUAACCCCAAUGCCAAGAGACUUGUAGGAUAUGUGGCAGCAUUGAAGGAUAAUUUUGGUUUCAUCGAAACUUCUCAACAUGAUCAAGAAAUUUUCUUCCACUACAGUGAAUUCUCAGGCGAUGUCGAUGAAUUGGAAGUAGGAGAUGUUGUGGAAUACAGCUUGUCAAAGGGAAAAGGAAACAAAGUGAGUGCUGAAAAAGUUGCCAAGAUUACAACAGUGAAUGGUCCCAGUGAUGAAGUGUACCCAACAGUCUAUACUGGUAAAGUGUUGAGGCCAUUGCGCAGUGUCGAUCCACAGCAGGCAGAGUAUCAAGGACUUGUUGAGAUUACAGAGGAAGGGACUACAAAAGGUGAAGUAUAUCCUUUUGGCAUAAUCAGUCUGGCAAACAAAACAGAUUGCCUUCAGAAGGGUGAAACUAUCAAGUUCCAGCUAUGCACUGUGGCUCAGACAGGACAGAAAUUGGCCUACAAUGCCACACCUUUACGGAGAGGCACUGUGGACUGUGUAAAAGACCAGUUUGGCUUCAUAAACUAUGAAGUUGGUGAUGGUAAAAAGCUGUUCUUCCGUGUGAAUGAGGUAUUGGAUGGUGUGGAGUUGCAGCCUGGAGAUGAAGUUGAGUUUUCUGUCAUCUUAAAUCAGCGUACAGGAAAGUGUAGUGCCUGCAAUGUAUUCCGUGUCAGUGAAGGUUCCAAGAUUGUGGCAGCUCCACGUCCUGACCGUUUAGUACAUCGUCUGAAGAGCAUCACCUUGGAUGACGCAAGUGCUCCAAAAUUGGUUGUGCUUCGCCAGCCAAAGGGACCUGAUAACACCAAGGGAUUUACUAUGGAGAGAAAGAUUCGUCAAGCCGGAGUGAUAGAUUGAUUUCUUCUUUUCUUCCCCCAGCAAGCACAUUACCCAAUGCAGUAUCUUCAGGGAGGGGAGGGUUUACGCAAAGUUAUCUGCCUCUACCACCCUCUGUGUUUCCUACUCCAAAAUGGAAAUGGAGCACAGUUUAUCUACUUUCAAGCAAAACUACAGUUCUACCACUUGUCUGUGCUUUUAUCAAAAGCUUAAAAAAAAAGUACAAAAUGAAGCAAAAACAAAAAAAAAACAAAAAAAAAUGGUAACGCACAGGCUCGGGGCAAUGAAUGAGCAGGAAGCCUUAGUUUCACAACCUUAUAGGAGCUUGAUUUAAAAUCGAAAAGCAUCUUACAUCAAUGCUAAUUUGAAAUUUAAGUUUAUUUGCCUUUUGUUAGUAAUGAGAGAGAAAUCUGGGAAAAAAAAAGCUAUACAACUGAAACACGAGUGCCAUGAGUGCGGGCUUUCAUUAAACCUUUCAGUACAAGUUUGUUGUUGCUGUGGAGCACUGCAGCCUUGGAACACAUUUCUCCCUAUUCCAGAAACUAACAGAUUUGUGCCUAAAAACAAAUAUCACUGUUAUUUCCCACAGAGGGCACCCUGUGUAAUGCCGAACGGAAAAGGAAGCGGCUGAAUUUUUUUUUAAGUAUAUUAAUGCAUCAAGGUGGAAAUGUUAAUCGUUGGUACUGUAUAUAUGCCUUUUGCAUAGAAACAGGGAGACUAGUUGAUAUCAAGCAUUAGUAAUCAAAAAAAACUGGUCUGUGUUCCUAUACCAAAUAAGAUCAGGAAUUUAAUUGAUGUUGAUGUGGGACAGAGGCAAGUAUCCUGUUUCUGUUUCGCCUCUGCUCACAGUUUGGGGUUUGUCUAAACUGGAGAAUGCUUUGUUCUUGCAAGAAGGGAAAACAACACCUGGCUUUCUCCUGUGUCCCUGUUAAUGGUCAUGAAAAAGAAACUAGAAUAAAAAGUUUUACCAUAAA